GCGGCCAGUGCUGCAGCUCGGGCUGUCUGGGCGGCGGCGGCGGUCGCUGUCUCCUCGCAUCCCGGGCCUCGCUGGGCCCCCUCCCCCAUGCCCGCGGGCAGCCUGUGAGCAGCGCCCGCCCAGGCCUGGAGAAGAGAGCGGCGGCGGCAGCGGCAGCAGCAGCAGCGACAGCGACAGCAGCAGCAUGGCGGACGACGGGGCCGCGGCGGCGGCUUUGGCCGAGAAGUUCCUGACGCCCGACGAGCCCUUCCCUCUGCUGGGGCCCCCGCGCGGCCCGGGCACCUGCUUCAGCGAGGAGUCGGGCUGCCUGGACGUCAGCGACUUCGGCUGCCAGCUGUCCUCCUGCCACCGCACCGACCCCCUGCACCGCUUCCACACCAACAGGUGGAACCUGACUUCCUGCGGAACCAGUGUAGCGAGCUCUGAAUGCAGUGAGGAGCUCUUUUCAUCAGUUUCUGUCGGUGACCAGGAUGAUUGUUAUUCUCUGCUAGAUGACCAGGAGUUCACAUCUUUUGAUUUAUUCCCUGAGGGAAGCGUCUGCAGUGAUGUCUCUUCUUCUAUUAGCACUUACUGGGACUGGUCAGACAGUGAAUUUGAGUGGCAGUUACCAGGCAGUGACAUUGCAAGUGGGAGCGAUGUGUUCUCUGAUGUCAUCCCCAGCAUUCCCAGCUCACCAUGCCUGCUUCCCAAGAAGAAAAACAAACACCGCAAUCUAGAUGAGCUCCCCUGGAGCGCCAUGACAAACGAUGAGCAGGUUGAAUAUAUUGAGUACUUGAGUCGUAAAGUCAGUACUGAAAUGGGUCUUCGGGAACAACUUGAUAUCAUUAAAAUUAUUGAUCCCACUGCACAGAUCUCCCCUACAGACAGUGAGUUUAUUAUUGAACUGAACUGUCUCACAGAUGAAAAACUCAAACAGGUGAGAAACUACAUCAAGGAGCAUGGGCCUCGCCAGCGGGCCACGAGAGAGCCCUGGAAGAGAAGCAGCUACAACUGUGGCAGCACCAGCGGUGUGAGCGGCGCCAGCGCCAGCAGCAGCAGUGCCAGCAUGGUCAGCUCUGCCAGCAGUACUAGUUCCAGUGUGGGCAACUCCGCUUCCAACUCAAGCGCCAACAUGAGCCGGGCACACAGUGACAGCAACCUGUCUACCAGUGCAGCGGAGCGGAUUCGAGAUUCUAAGAAACGUUCCAAGCAGCGGAAGUUACAGCAGAAGGCCUUCCGCAAGAGGCAGCUGAAGGAGCAGAGGCAGGCCCGCAAAGAGAGGCUUAGUGGGCUCUUCCUCAAUGAAGAAGUGCUGUCUUUGAAAGUGACCGAAGAAGAUCAUGAAGGAGAUGUUGAUGUUUUAAUGUAACCAGGGUGAAUUUGGCCGUGGGGUUUCUAAGCCUUAACAUUAUCCUCAGAGUUUAUGUGGAUUUUUUGUUUUUAACCAAAAUUUUGAUUAGAGCUGUGCUGAUGAAUUAGGUAAAUGUUUGACUCCUCAACUUAAGUGUAGUAAUGAAAGUGGCUUUUUGCAAAAAGACAAAACGCUUUUCCAAGUUAGAAGACUUCACAAGUUGGUUUGUAGUUAAAUCCAUUAAUGUUGAUGUUUAGAUUUAAAAUCACUCUGCAAGGUAGAUGAUUCUCUUUGUGGUAGUACCAGUUGAGUUUUUCCAAAGGGUUGCUGUUUCUGUGUUUGAUGCCCAGCUGGUGGUUUUGUGGUGUUGGGGGCAAGAAGGCAGGGCUGCAGGUGAAGGGACCGUUUGUAUAUUUUUAGGGAGUAUUGUCUUGUGUCUUCACCUGUUAUUUAUUCACAAAAUCAUAGAUAUAAGAUUAGAACCUACUUUUCUUCUCCUUUCUAUUCUUUGUGAAGUCAAAAUCCCAUUGGAAUUGGAGCCUGAUGAUUGUAGGGGAAUAGCUGUGCAUGCAAUCACAGAGCGGGGAGCCUAACGUCAUACUGAAUAGUCAUUGGGUGAGAAAGCUUUGAAAGGGGGAAUUGCUUUCUGACGUUUUCUGGACCUUUAGUGUCUAGAAUCAUUUUUUUCUCUAAGGCUUAUUUUUCUUUUCAAUUUGACCUAAUCUUUGAUUUCCUUUAGCCCAACUUGAGCCUUUAAGUUUGAGUAAUGGUUUCUGGCUUGCUAAGAGACUCAUGUACAAAAUUCCCUGGUGAUAAUCCUGGAAACUCUUCUGGACUUCUGUGUGAAACAUUUUAUAGUACAUAAAAACUUUGAAUCAUGGGAGUUUUCCAUAAGAACCAUAAUUUAAAGUGUCUGCCAUGAACGUGAACUAGGUACAUGUUAAUAUUCACUAGUUUAUCACUACCUUGUAAGAUAGUGUGAAAUGAGGGCAUUCUUUAAAGUAUUUUCAUAGUAGUAUGUUUGAAUGAGUAUUAGAAAUACUAAAAAUUUUAAGUAGCUUAAGACAGUCUUUGACUCUUUCUGUAGGGAAGUUUAUGAUGGGGACUAUUGGUGUUGACAGUUGAUGGGCUGCUCUUUAAAAUUGUUUGAUGGUUACAUUCUUGGAGGUAAGAUAUUUUUGGGUGAUUAUAGCUUCAUAAAAGCAACCAGUCAGAGUAGUCAUGCUGUAGAGUCCACAUUCUUCUCCAGUAUUUUACUUUUCUGUAUUUUGUUCUAAAAGUAGGUAAUUUAUUGAGGAGAGACGUGCUCUAAAUUCCUACUUUGAUGUCUUGGGGUGACUUUAUUUUUAUUUCACUUUGAUACCUAAAGGGUUAAAUAAGGAAAGAAGAAGGGAAAGAAAAAUGACAAAUGAAAAAGAACUAGUGUAGCUUUUGUGACACAUGGUCAGAACAUUGAAAAUGCUACCACGUGACUCUUUUGUAAGUAUAUUGUAAAAGACCGCAUUCAUAAGAGAUACCAUUGUUUUCUCACAGUAGUUCUGCUUCUCUUCUUCUCUUCCUACUUUUUACACCCUCAGAUGGCUCUAUUCCUUCAGAAGCAAGAAGGCUAGACACUAGAAUCCUCCAAGAGAGGGUAGGCAAAGCCAUAUGACUCUAGGCCACGAGUGCUAAACUCAAACAGAAACAGAUCCCUGAGACUCCAUAUUGAUUUAAAAACAGCAAAAUAACCUUAUCUAUGUUGUGUUGUAAGAUUUUAUUUGUUUUGUUAAACAUUUCCUAAUUAUAUUUUAAUCUAGAUCAGCCCGUGGCAUUAAGUUUGACACCUCUACUCUAGAUAAUUUAAGUAAAAGGAACAGAUUUCUUACAGCCAAGCCAUGAAAAAAGUUCAAGCCAAGAAAGAAGUUCAAGGAAAUAAUUGGCUGGUCUGUGGAGCUGUUUUUCAAGGAAAACAGGACAGCUAGUUUUUGGUUUGAAAAAAUAUCAUUUGUCCCUCAGAUAAAUAGAAAUUUAUCCAAAUGUGGAUUCAGAUGAACUUUAUUUGCAUUUCAUUUCUUUUGACAACGAAAGUGUUUCUGAUUCAGUGAUAACCUUCAAGAUUCAUCUGUCAGACUCCAUAGUGUCCUGUCUUGGCUGAUGUCUUAUAUCGUACCCAUGUGGGCAUGUUGGAUAACAGAUACUUGAGAAUUUGUGUUUUCCCCUUAGUCGGAUACCUUUUCCCCAUUCAGUGAUAUUGCUCCGCAGUUUCACCUCACUUUGGUGGAUCUGUGAUCUUAUCAGUGUGCAUGCUCCCUGCAGCAUUGCAGGGAGUACCCCAUCCUGUGUGGCUCUUGUCCAUCCUGUGGUUCUUGUCUAUCCUGUGUGGUUCUUCUCCGUGCUUUCCUGUAACUCCUACACUAGGGCUUCACCCAGUGCUGGGACCCUUCCUCAAGAUCUUGUGAUACAGAGAGGAUUGGGGAUACCAGAGGAGUGAGUUAGUAACCAUCGGUUAUCCCUUUCUUUAUAUAAAACUAGCCCAUCCCCUUCAUAGUAACUUUCCUUAAACUGUCUAAUAUUGCAAUUGCAACUGACUGCACAUGUCACUUUAUGCUAUUAUUGUUUUCCAUUUCUUAACAGAAAGGAAGCAUGUUGUAACAUUAGUUGUGUGAAACCAAUAUUAGUUGUAUUUGAUUUGAAUUCUUGUCUUCAUUUCCAAUAGAUAAUCACUGUGUGUAUAUUCUUUGAUUCUGCUGUCUUUGCUUUGUGUCACUUCAAACAAAUCGUAGAUUUCACUGGUAUCCUUUAUACCACUUUUCCUGCAUAGUGUCUCUUUGGUAAUCUGUGGUAGCCUAUUCACAUGUACCUUUCCAUUGUUGACCCUUAACUUGACAUCUUAAGAGAUUGGGAUAUUCCAUGACUUGGAGCCAUACUAUAUCGCAAGAGGAAUAAUGAUGCCAAAAAUAUGGACCUUUGUUUUAGGGUGAAAUUUGGGGUCAUUAAAAGCCCUGCACACUUACCCAAAGGCAAUCCAGUCAGCCCUCUUGUUCCUACUCAACUCUAGGCUCAGGUCAUCGUAGAUCCACAGUGUCUGUCAAAAAUAGAGGGGUUUCCAUUUCAGCUGCAUGCUGUAGUCUAAACAAUACAUUCUCUAUUCGUUUUUUUAAAAUCUUUUAAAAAUAUUGACAUACUUGUUUUAACAGAGUGGUCACUUUGAAAUAAAUACCCCCUUCAUACUACCUUUUCUUAAAUCGUCUAAUAUUGCAAUUGCAAUUGACUGCACAUGUCACUUUAUGCUCUUAGAGAGUAAAGAAGCUUGUUUUAAUAUUAGUGGCGUGAAAUUAUGUUAGCUGUGUGAAACUACUAUUAGUCCUGUGAAACCAACAUGUCAUUGUAUUUGAUUUGAACUCUUGUUACAUUAUUGUAGUCGUGUAUGAUCUUUUGGUUCUUUCUUUGCUCUGCAUCAGUUCAUACAAUUCUUCCCAUGUUUCUCUGAACUCUUCAUAUUGUUUUCAACAGCAUAAUAGCAGGCCAUUGCAUUCAUAUGCACAAGUCUAUUCUACCAUUCCUCACUUGUUGGGCAUGUGAUUUCCCCCCCCUUCCCCCUUUCCUACUACAAAAAAUGCUACUCUGCUAUUUUGGUACAUAGAGGACUUUGCUUCCUGUCAUUGACCUCCAUCAAGUAUGAGUAGUAUGACUAGAUUAAAGGAUAUGGACAGUUUAGUAACAUUUCUAAACAUGAUUUCAAAUUGUUUUCUGGAAUGGUUGAACCAGUUUAUAGUUCCACCAACUGUGUAUUGGUAUACCUGUCUCCCACAUUGUCCUCCAACAUUGACUAUUUUCAUCAUUUAAAAUAUUUGCCAAUAUGCCUCAGUAUUUUUGCAUUUCUCUUGUUAAUGAUUUAGAGCAUUAGUAUUCUCCUUUUUCUGCUAGUCUCACAUGACUGAGAGCCAUUUUAUAUUUUUCCUUAUUUCCUGGGUCACUGUGGGUAGAUGAUUGAUCACUCUGUGGCCAGCCUACAUACAGGUGAUGAACACAUCAGUUGGAGCUAUUCCUUACAGAGUAGCCAUAGCCCCCUGGGACUGGGCUGUGCAGCCCUAGCCUUGGAGAGCCUAGAGUCACCAUCCUGGCCAUGAUAAGACAACAGAAAUGAAGCAGUUUCUCCUGGUGUGUUUAAAAAAAAAGGUAGAAAUCAAAUUAGUCAUUUAGGUAUAUAACAAAAAUGAAACUUGUCAUUUCUGCAGAGAUCAUUCAUUGAAUGAUUUGAAUUUUUUAAUUACAAUAUUGAAUUUAUUAAUUACAGAUUUGAUGAAUGUUUACAGAUGUAGCAGAACAGUUUAUAAAUGACUCUGCAUUUCAGCCUUUUUUUUUUCUCUUCUUCCCUUCCAAGGGUUUCAAGUGUCUGACCUGUGGGAAAAUAAUGGCUAGAGAGUGAGUCUUCAAAGCAGGUGAACCUGAGUUCAAGUUGUCUCCUCUUUAGCCUAGUUGUGUGACACCUCUCAUUGCCCCAGGAAAAUCUCUAAGGUGGCCCAUUGUCUAGGUCGGAGGUGUAGUCUGCAUGGGUAGAAGUACAGUCCCUACUGUGGGAACUUCCCAGAACCAAUGAAAUCGCAGGUCCUGAUUGAGGUGACACCGCCCAACUUUCAGUUCAACAAAAUUGGCUUCGUAGAGAGAAUUCAUUAGAAAGAAAUUGAAUGUCUAGUGAGAGAUCACUUGAUCUGCUGUCUCAACUAGUGUUUAAGUUGAGUGCCAUCUUUCUUGCCAAUGAAAUAAAACUUGGUCAGAUUCCAUAAAAUACAACAGUUCUUUGACCAAGCCUGCAAUUCCUUCAAAUAAAGUCAAAAUUGCAAAACAAAUCCCCAGAGACUGAUAUUUCUGAUUCCUCACAGAUUUGAUGCAGAUAUUAUUUUAAUCUGCCUCUUAAAAUUGUAAAAAUCUCCUCUUGAAAGAAUAACCAAUUAAGCCCCAAUUUACUCUUUUUUGGAAUAGUUUUGAUUCUCAGAUUAAGUUCAUGACAUGUCUCCAUAUUGAUGACUCAAUGUGCAUCUGAGUUCAGAAACAGUAGGGAAAGCUUCUUUGCAGACCGUAUGUGGAAGAUAUUCCUGCACCAUGUUUGUAGUUACUUACAUGUAAUUAAGGCCCACCUCAGGCUUCUUGCUUCUUUCACUUUCCCUCUUAUGUAUUUGUUGUUGAUAUAUGUACUUUGUUCUACUGCUUCUGCUUGUUUCAUUUCACAUUAUUUCAUAAAGGCCUCUCCAGAUUUCUUUGUAUUCCUCAAACUUGCCCAUCUUAAUUACAUUAUAUUAAUGUACCACAAUUAUGUCACCAUUUCCCUAUUGUUUAGACAUUUAGGUUCCUUCCAGGUUUUUUGCAAGUAUAUUUAAUGCCGCUAUGAAAAUCAAAGGCAUUUUCAAGUCAUGAUUAUGUUUUGUAGCUUGUACUGGCUGGAUGGCUCUCCAGAAAGGUUUUAUGGGCUUACAUUUCUGCCAGCAAUGAAUGAGUUGUUUCACAGCAACCCCUGUUGCUUUUAGUUAUUUUUGCUAGUUUGCUAGGUGUGGGGUGAUACCUCAAAGUUGGUUUCAUUUGGUAUUUCUUUUAUUAUUAGUGAGGUUAACAUUUUUCAAGUGGCUAGUAACUUGUUUUUAUUUUGAAAAUUGUAUCCUUUAGCCAUUUAUCCAUUGUGGAUAGAGGGGGAGGGGUUUGAGGUAGUUACCACUGUGAUUUUUUAAAUAGCUCCUUAUAUGUAGAUAUCAAUCUUUAUCUGUCAUAUUUGUCCUUAAAUAUUUUCCCCAGUCUAUUCUUUUUUUAAAAGUUACGUUGAGUUUUAUUGUACAUAAAAUUUUUGUCUUAAUGUCGUCAAGCAUGUCAGUUUUGUUGUCUUCUAUUUGAAUGGGCAAAGAUAAUCCAUCCCCCUUCUACAAUUUAGAUGAACACUUUAUUACAUUUUCAUGUUUAAGUUCAUCUUUCAGCUGGAAUUGACUGGGAUAUAGUGUGUAAAAUGUGAGUCUCAAUCUCUUUCCUGCCAAAUUGCCAACCAGUUUUCCCAAGUUAAGUAAUGAAUUCUGUGCUCAGUCUCUUUCUUGUCUAUCAGUUCACCAAACAUUGGUCUUUUGUAGAUGUUUGGCUGGAUAUCUGGUGUAUCUAGUCUAUUCCAUUGAUAGAUUUCUCCAUUCCCUGUACAGUACCAGAUUGUUCACUAAUAACCACUUGGAUAAUUUGUUUUAAAGUUGGGCAGGGCAAGACCACCUUCGUCAGCUUAUUUUCUUUAGUGUGCCCUUUGGCAGUUUUGCUUCCUCUUUUCCAUACAGAUUGUUUUGCCUUGUUCUGUAAAGAAGCCCUUGACAUUUUGAUUUGUAUUGCAUUAAAUAGGUAAGUUAAUUUGGGGUGAAUGGUCAUUUUUACUAUAUUAGAUUGUACCUUAUACCAGGCUUGUCCAAAUUUGAAAAAAAUGUGAUUGUUUUUUGACCAGGGGAGAAUAAGUACACAUUAUGUUAGGUGACAAAUUAGAUCUAAAUUUAGAAAUGCUUUUUAAAUCUCAGAUCAAAUUAAACUAUAUUGAUUCUACUAUUUCAGUAUUUAAAUUGUACAAGUUUAAUUAUUACCCAUCAAAGCCUCUGGAGCUAGGUAAGAAAUUAAGUAGAUGACUCUCUUCUUUUUCUGUCCCAGACUUGCCUUUCUCAUUUUCAUAGCAGCUAAGAACAAACAAUAUAGUUUGGACUCAUGCAGGCAUGCCACAUGGUCUGUUGAGUGAUAGUCUGAAUGCUUUAAAAAUACUUUUUUCCUUUUUUUAACACCAUCAUCUUUAGCACAUUUUUCUUUUAGAUUUUUUUGGCAGGUCACUUUAAUUUACAGUGUGAUAUCUAGAAUCAGCACAUUCACACUGCAUUGUUGAUAGUUGUAGAGUUUUUUAAAGUCUUUUUUGAUUAUAUCUCUAAAACUAAAUUAUUUUAAUGAGUAAGAGAAGCAACUGAGAGGUACAGCAACUUUACUAACCUAGGCAUUGCUGUCAUCCUUGGGCCUGGGCCAUAAGUGCUUCAUUUAAAACAAUUUCAGAUCACUCUUAGCUUUUACUUCCUUUGGAAAUAAUUUCCCUACUAAAAAGGCUUCAAAGGAACAUUGACAAUUGGGUUUCAGCUGGAUUGUAGAGAAAUCGACAGCUCUGAAGUCCAGCUGUUCAGGAAGAGGGCAGAGCAGGUGCUUGGCUCCCUUUCCUCUUUUAGGUACCUGUUCUAAAGUGCUUUUCGGCUUCUCAGCACCAUUAUUAAAUUAAAGCUUUUAAAAUACUUCUAAAUGAAGUUCUUACUAAGCACAGUAAGCAAACCAGUUUGGUCUUCACUGGGUUCAAUAGUGAGAGUUUGUGAUUUGGUAUAAAAAGUAUUUUUCUAUCAUUGUGAUGAGUAGAACCUUUGGAGAUGGAAGUACAGGGCUGUGUGUGGCUGGGGCUCUGCUCUAGCUGUGGAUGUGCAUCUUAACUAUAGAAACAGAGAAAGAAUUCCUUAAGUUUGUUUUGAGGCUUCAUCUGGAUGGCUUGAACUGAGCUGGAAGCCAGAACCCUUCCCAUGCAUGGGGCUGCUUAUUUCUCAAGUAGUACUUGAUCCAUUAAGCUUCUUAAGGUGACAGCUUGGUGUUUGGUUAUUUGCCUGAAGGUUUUAGAAAGAUGGUGGCAAAUUCCCAUUACUGACAUUGUUUGGAUUCAUUUUGAUAGUUCAGAUAGUCCACUAUUUCCCAUUCUGAGGCUUUGUGUGUCUGGAAUUCGGUAACUGUGCUGUCAAAAUCAAUGAAGGAAAUGAAAACAGAUUUAAAACAUUUCAUAGGUGGUUAAAUUUCAAAUCAGCAUUUUUUUUUUUCAUUUUCAAAGGUCAGUAGUUAAUACAGCCCAAGAUCAGAACCAAAACAAGAAUAAAAUUGGCUGGUGUGAGUAAUUUUCAAGUUCUCUGAAUUACUGUAGAAGAUGGUUGAAUCAGGAUUUCCCCCUGAUCUCUGGUCACUGUAUUCUUACACUAUAAUAUUACAUUACAAUGCACUUUUGUGUACAUACAUCUGUUUUCUGUAUAUUCUGUACCUACCACAAUGUAUAUAAAAGCCUUUUUCUGAAGUGAAGGAAUUGAUAAUAGCUGCAAUAUUCAUAGUUUUUGUUGAGGCCCUUGUAUUUAAAAAUUGUCAUACAGUUGAGAAUGAACACAUACGGGUUGCAGUUAAAGCUGACAACAUGGCAGAGGUGUCUGUUGAAACUGUAUAUACAAAUGAAGUGUUUGGAUUGUGAGGCCUUCAUGCAGAGAUACCAUUGAUCAGUCAUGUUUACAUAUCGGAUUUAGACACAUCCCACAUUUGCUUCAUUCUUGCUCUUGCCUAAUCUUCCCCUUCUUACCCCACCCAAGAAUCUUGACUUACUGUCCCGGAAGGAACAUAACAAUGGUGCUACCUACCAUGGUGCAGUUGAUAAAUCAGCACACUGUACACAUGGAUUGCAUGGAAUGGCAUUUUGAUGCUUCUUCCCUUGCCCUAUUUCCUACCCCUCUACACGCCCCCCCCACACAGAUUUUCUUUAGUCCCUGUAAGCUUUUUUGUGGAUGUCAUUUUCCAGGGUUCAUUCAUUGGUUAUACCAAAAUUUGCCCACAGAUAUCAGAUACUUCCUGAUACUUUAUGGGCAUCAUAAUUAAGUGCAUUUUUUGUCAUUUACAAAAAGCUAAUAUAAAACCAGCUUAGAAGGUUUGCAUAGCAUCUGUAACAUAGUAUUUUUUUAUUCUUUCUCACUUCAAAUAUUGCCUUUCACAGAUUUUUCUAUAAAAACUAAUAAUUAUAAACAGAAUGUUUCCAUUACCGAUCAAAUUGAAGAUUAUCAUUGAACCAUGGUUAAGAAAUAUCCAGAGAUGAAGACUUCAGUUAGAUCUUUAGGAAUAUCUCUGCCACUAAUGGGAGGGUUACAGUGGAGAAUAAGGGUAGCCUUUAUCUCUUCCCCACCCACACCCGCCCUCAUGGAAAAGCUGUAGGAUUGUAUAGAAGGAAAUUGACCAAUCUAUUUCCGAUUGCUUUGGGGAAGAAAAAGUGGGGUUGGGAGAAGCGGCAAUUUUUUUUUUGUCAAAGAUACAAGGUUCAAGAAAAUAAUUCAUGUUUUUCAUGAAAAUCUAAUUCAUGCUUUGUCUGUAGUCUUAGAUUUUAAACAAUGUAGCUUAGAACAUGUGGUACAUAUAUAUGUGUGUAUAUGUGUGUGUGUGUGUGUGUGUGUGUAUAUAUAUAUAUAUAUAUAUAUAUAUAUAUAUAUAUACACACAUACACACACGCACAUAUACAUAUAUAUGCUUAUGCUCCUACUUUUGGUCAUGUAAAGCUUUGGAUGGGAUGCAAAACCACUUAUCAUAGUUUAAAAGUGAGCAUUAGUGAUCGAGAAAUUGAGGACUUGGGGGUUAUAUGAAAGGAAAAUUGUUGGCUUAAACAUGAAAAGCUACUAUUCAAUUUGGGAACUUGGGCAGUUUAACACAGCUGGGUGAAUAGCUUUCUCAAGUCUUAGCAGUUUCAUUUGGCUGAGGGAUGAUAACUAAUGAUUGAAUAGGUGGGAAAUUCCCUAUCUUCAUUAAUCUAGCUUAGGAAUUUCUAGUUCUCUCCCCUGUCCAUUGCCACUUAACUUUUUCUUAUUAGCCUAUUUCUCCUUCUCUUUGACAGGAAAGUUAUAAGUAACGUAAAUGUUCACAUAGGGAAGGAAAAAAAAUCCAUUUUACAUUGAUAUAUUACUGUGGUAUCAGAAAACCCAUUGGCAGUGAUGUGAACUAUACAGACCCACCCUCCAUAAAGUGUUUAUGGCACAUUGUGCAGCAUUGGCACAUUGCUAGGGGCAGAGAAGCCCUUCCCGUCAUGCUUUGAUGGGUACGUUUUACUUCAUUUUUGGGGGUUUAAUGGGAAAUGUAGGCGAUGUGUUUGAGCGUAUGUGAAAAUGCGUGUGUAUUCCUCUCUAUAUGUGUGUGUGAUCUUAGAAUUUUAGUAGGUUGAAAGAGAAUAAAGCCGGCUCUGAAUUUUUUCCAGUGAGUAAAAUUCAUCUUCUGAAUCUCUUGUCAUUUAUGUUGAUUUUAGCAGUCGGAAUCCAAGAGAAUUCAUUUUAAAUAAAUAUGUAGUGUUUAUUGUUCCCUUUCAUUUUAAAUUAAGCUCUUAAAGCUUACUUAAUCAUUGUGCAUUUGACUAUCACUGAUAGAGUAAUUGUUUAUACUAUUAUUGUAUGAUAGGCCAUAAACUACUGAUGGUGUUAGCUUGAACACGUUUUUGCUGAGCUCAGUAAGCGUUUUUGAGCUAAAAGAAGCCUGUGUCUGUUUUUCUCCUUCCAUUUGAGCCAUGGAGAAUAAAAAACAUGGGGUUGGGGGGAGAGGAGGGAAGGAACUACUGACAAGGAGUAGGACAAAACCAGAAAUUAUCUAACAAUCCCAGGACCUAAAUAAUCUGAGCCGGUUUGGGCC